GCGUGGUGUACAGGUGCAGCCGAGUUGUGUUGAGCGGUGGCAGCAGGUGCGGGGGAAGCAGAGAGAGUUCGCCCAGCAGCUCAGUGUGUUGUUAUAGUGCACGGUACGGCCAUCCCGCGGAGCUCAGUGUGAUAUCGACAGGGCACGGUUCGGCCAAUCUGCGGACUGAGGUGUUAAAGAUGGAUUCUUCUCGGUUUAAGAGAGGUCAGUGGGCUUCCCAGUCUGUCAGAGUUACAGCAAGAGAACUUUCUCUUGUGAAGCCGAAGAAUGCAGCCAUUAUGGAGCGGUUUUCCAAGUAUCAGAAAGCAGCUGAGGAAUCAAGUGUAGACAAGAAAAAAAUGAACACAGAAACUCUCCCCCACACUUUUAACCGGGGGUCCUUGAGUGUAUUAAGGAAGAAGUGGGAGAUUCCUGGGACUACUACUCGAAUCGAAACCAAGCAAAGCGGCGCUCCUCUGCAAAGACAGAGGGUCAUUAGCCCUAAAGUGGAAACGGCUACUGCUGAAGUCUUCAGCCAGGUUCGGUCCCCUGUCAAGGAACAAAGCCGGUUCCGCUACCCCAGUAGCUCGGAUCUUCGUUCUCAUUCCAUGGAAGACAAUAGUAUGGAACACAAUCUAGAGCAUGUUAAAUCUGACGUGCCAGAGCCUUCUCCUAAAAUAGAAAAGUUUAAUGUCCCAUUGAACAGCCUGAAGAUGAUGUUUGAAAAGGGAGAAGCUAUUAACACAAAGCCUCAAAGAGAACCUGGUAAAAUUAACUUGGGUCGAAUAAUAUCUGAAAACUGCCACUCUGAGGACAAUGAUGCUGAAAGUCCUUCAUCCUAUGCUUCUCCUGACACUAGUCCAAGUAAGCUCACCACUCAGAAAAGUCUUGAGAUCGCACAUGUUCUGGAGACUACUUCAUUGAAGGACAGAAUGGCCAAAUACCAGGCAGCUGUCACCAAGCCUGCUUCUCCUUCGAAUGAUGUGAAAAGUAUUUGGAAUGACGUCAAAAGUCAAAACUCUGAGCAAAAAGAAAAUCUUCCUCCCAACUCUUCAACGGAGCAUGAGAAGAGACCUCACAGUGAGAACACCUCCAGGAAUGUUUCUGAAAGAAAUGGUCACGAAGAGGAUACACAGAGGCCAAGCACUUCUCCAGGAUAUAGUCCCCGAGCUUUGAACCAGUUGGAGAGCUCACCACCCAAAGCCGUGAAGAAGUUUCAGCUGCCUGCGAGAGAAACUUGCUUUGGAUGUCAGAAAACGGUAUACCCGAUGGAACGCUUCCUUGCAAAUCAGCAGGUCUAUCACCACAGCUGCUUCCGCUGUACCCACUGUUCCACCAAACUUAGCCUUGGGAACUAUGCCUCUUUGAAUGGAACGGUGUAUUGCAAGCCUCACUUCAAUCAGCUUUUUAAAUCCAAAGGAAACUAUGAAGAAGGGUUUGGACUCAAACCACACAAAGAACUCUGGGUGAGUAAAACUGAAACCAGUGAGAAUGAAGAGAACGCUGUCCACCCUGUUACCACUGAAGACCCCAGCAGCCCUGUUGUAGAAGAUGCUCCCAUUGCUAAAGUUGGUGAUUUGGCAGCAUCCAUGGAAGCAAAAAGGGAUAGUCUUGCACAAGAGCGUGAAAAGCAAGUGGAGACAAAAAAGCUGAAAAUUGCCUGGCCUCCUCCUUCUGAAUCUAGCAGUUCUGGAGGCCUGUUAGAAGAAAAUAUUAAAGUGUUUAGACCAAAAUGGCCACCCAGUGAUGAAAAAGAAACCCUGAAAUCAGAGUCUCAUGAAGAUCUUGAUCUGUCAAAGCUUAGGAGAACCUCUUCCCUUAGAGAACGUAGCCGUCCAUUUACACUAAGUGUGGCAAAACCAGUGGUGAAUGAAAAAGAAGCUGAGAGUUUGUUAAAGCCAACCACUGGCUUGAAAAAAACAAAUUCAUUUAAACUCAGGGACAGGUGGAUUACGGAGCCAAAAGAGGAGAAACCAGCAUUAGAAGAAAGCUCUAGAGGUUCUGAAGAAGCUCCUGCACCAAAUAAUCCUAGCUCUUUGGAGAACAGUGAUGUUUCUGAAGUGGAGGCUGCCGAACAGCAGCACUCACAAGAUGAAUCCCCCCAGUCUAAACAAUCAAGCCAGGAAGAUCUUGUAACACGCGACGAGACCACGCAGGAGAACCGGAAAUCCCAAGAUAUAGGCUACUGGGAGGGAGAAGAUGCUGAAGAACUUUCUGUGGAGGAACAAAUCAAGAGGAAUCGGUACUAUGAUGAUGACGACGAAGAAGACGAUGACUAGUUCAUAGCUUAUAUUUUAUUCUUACCAGGGCUCUGCCUUAAUUUGUUGUAAAGGUUAUCCCUUGCUCUUUAAUGUAAAGUUGGUCUCUUUUUAAAGCCAUAGUCCCUGCAUUUUUUUGUUUGUUUUUUAAACAUAGGCAAACAAAUUUUCAGUUGCUAAAAUAGCCUUUUUUGAAAGACUUAAACAAAUGCUAAGCGUAGAACCUAAAGAUUUCACCACAAAUGAUCUUGUGCUGCCUUUUUGGUUUUUCUAUUGCCUUUUUAUUUUUUAUUUUUUUUUUUUUUAACACUUUCCUUGUGAAGGGUUGAUUUGGAAUUUUGGAUAAACUUUCUAUAGGCUUAAGCCCUGGCACUGUGUGCAGGUGUGUUCUGAUUUUGAGAUGGCAUGAUGUGUAUUGGUAACACUAUCCGGUCUGUCUCCUGUUCUGCUAGAAGUUCCAUCACCUCGGAAGCUUUGUUGUAAUGUCCUCUGCACCCUUUACUGCUAGGUUUUAAUACUGAUUGUUUUACCUUUUAAAAAGCCUAGGUUGUCAGGACUGCCCAUUAUUGCACAUAUUGCGGUCCACUGUGACUUUAUAGGUUUGAAUGUAUCCUUCCGAGAAAGCACAUACACCUAAUUCCCUGUUAUAUAACCAUAGCCAUAAUUUUUUUUAUUUUAGUUAAUACUUUACAACAUUAAUUUCAACCAGCUUAUUAGAAAUUAGCAAUAUUUUAACUUCAACGUUAUUCUUUGCCCACAUAGAUUUGUGAUUAACAUGAGUUUUUCAACAGGGAUGAGGGGGAAAGGUGGCUGUUAGUAUAUUUUAAAUCAAGUGUUAAGUGGAAAAAUUACCAGAAAAGUGGCAAUUUCAGUGCAUUCUGUUCUGGUAGGUAUCAGGCCAACAACCCUCAUUGGGUCAACAAGUGCAAUGUGCUGUUCCUUGCUUGCAGUUUUGGAAUUUGUACAGUAAUAGAUUUAUAUAUAAUUUUAAGAAAAUAACUGGAACUAAGCAUACCAGGCUGAGACGUUUUUGUUUGUAUGUGACAAUUUUGCACUGGAAGAGUUUAAAAAUAUAAAUGUUUCCCAAGAGUAGUCCAGCUCUGCCCUCCAGCUAUCGUAUGACUAAAAUAUCCGUCAUCCUAUGCCACUGACUUGGUGACUUGAUGUUGGUUGUUCUCAAACAGUAACUGCAGGACAGAGAUUGGCUACCCCAUAAACUAUGCAAUAUUUAAAGUGACAGGAUGAUUUCUUGAGCAUUCAGUUUGCUGCUUUAAUGCGUCUCGUUCCAGACAUUCCUUUGAUUUUUAUACUGGAUGCUUUACUAAAGGUGAAGCUAUUCUAGCCAAACAAUAUUUUUAUUGUUGAACAAACGCAAUAACUUGUGAACAUACAAUUUCCAUUUUUUUAGAUAAUUAUUUCAUUUCAAAGAACACUAAUUGGCACAGAUGAGCAGUAGGUACAUUUGAAUUUUCAUGGUUUUUAUUAGGAUUAUUUUUUUUUGUUCAAAUAUUUUACACAUUGGAAGUUUUUGAAAGAUGUAAAGGAGCUUUUAUGUGAGAUGCAGAGUUCUGACUUGCUGUAUUUGCGAUAUUAAGCUGGUACUGUAUUUUAUAAAGGUGUAAUAUAUUUUGCUUUUCAACCAAUCUUACAAUAAAUAAAUUUUUAUUCA